UCACAUUCUUCUCUCCUUCUUCCUCGUGUUUGUAUUCUCGACGUAACCAUGGAUGCCGAUACACUCACCGGAUUAUUGACAAUCGUCGCCAGAAAAUUCCCCGAUCGACGAGCUCUCUCUGUUUCUGGUAAAUUCGAUCUCACUCACGCGCGUCUUCACGACCUAAUCGAACGCGCCGCCUCACGUCUUGUUUCCGCUGCUGGCAUCAAACCUGGCGAUGUCGUCGCUCUCACCUUCCCUAACACUGUUGAGUUUGUUAUAAUGUUUUUAGCGGUGAUAAGAGCUAGAGCCACGGCGGCGCCGUUAAACGCGGCGUACACGGCGGAGGAAUUUGAGUUUUAUCUCUCCGAUUCCGAUUCUAAGCUGUUGUUGACCUCUAAAGAAGGAAACGCACCAGCUCAAGAAGCAGCUUCGAAGCUGAACAUCUCUCACGUAACCGCUACGCUGCUAGACGCCGGCUCGGAUUUGACUCUGUCCGUGUCGGAUUCUGACUCUGUCGUUGACUCAGCGACGGAACUCGUUAAUAGCCCGGACGACGCCGCACUCUUCCUCCACACUUCCGGCACCACUAGCCGUCCAAAGGGUGUACCGCUUACGCAGCUCAAUCUAGUUUCAUCUGUCAAGAACAUUAAAUCGGUGUACAAGCUUACUGAGUCUGAUUCUACGGUGAUUGUUCUCCCUCUGUUCCACGUUCAUGGAUUAUUAGCUGGUCUGCUCAGCUCGCUUGGAGCUGGUGCGGCCGUGACUCUCCCAGCUGCUGGUCGGUUCUCAGCAACUACGUUUUGGCCAGACAUGAUUAAGUAUAACGCUACAUGGUAUACUGCUGUUCCGACUAUUCAUCAGAUCAUAUUGGACCGCCACGCUAACCAUCCUGAGCCUGAAUACCCUAAACUCCGGUUCAUCAGGAGUUGUAGUGCUUCUUUGGCUCCGGUGAUAUUGUCCAGGCUAGAGGAAGCUUUUGGAGCACCAGUUCUCGAGGCCUAUGCAAUGACAGAGGCAACCCACUUGAUGUGCUCAAACCCCUUACCAGAGGAAGGUCCACACAAGCCUGGGUCUGUUGGGAAACCGGUAGGUCAAGAAUUGGCAAUCCUCAAUGAGAAAGGCGAGAUACAAGAGCCAAAUAACAAAGGAGAGGUUUGUAUAAGAGGGCCAAAUGUGACAAAGGGUUACAAGAACAACCCAGAGGCCAACAAGGCAGGUUUCGAGUUUGGGUGGUUCCACACUGGUGAUAUCGGUUACCUUGAUUCGGACGGGUAUUUGCAUCUGGUGGGUCGGAUUAAAGAGCUUAUUAACCGUGGAGGUGAGAAGAUAUCCCCGAUUGAAGUGGAUUCAGUACUCUUAACCCAUCCCGACGUUUCCCAGGGUGUUGCAUUUGGUGUUCCUGAUGAAAAAUAUGGCGAAGAGAUUAAUUGUGCAGUGAUUCCGAGAGAAGGAACAACUGUGACAGAAGAAGACAUUAAGACAUUUUGUAAGAAGAAUUUGGCAGCUUUCAAGGUGCCAAAGAGAGUAUUCAUAACUGAUAACCUCCCCAAAACUGCUUCCGGUAAGAUUCAGCGCCGUAUUGUCGCUCAGCAUUUCCUCGAAAAACCCUAAAGCACACCCUCUUGCUCGAAUCCGUGAUGAUGUGUCUUGGAUUUUAGGCAAGUGGAAUUGCUAUCUCUCUAUUGAGCUCUUGGUAUAGUUAAAUUACAAAAAAGUUGGAAAUAAAGUUGAUAAGAAAUUAUUGAAGUAUAAUAAAAGAGAGUUUCUUUUUUUUUGGCGUUGUCUUUGCGUUACAAAAAGUUGGAAAUAAAGUUGAUUAGAGAUUAUUGAAGUACAAUAAAAGAGAGUUUCUUUUUCUUGGA